AUGUCUCUACCUAAUCCAGCAUCACUGCAUGCUCUCUUAACGCAUCCUCAACUCGCAAGUUUGCUCUCGAAUCACCCGAAUGAUUUGAAGUUAUCGAGUUCAUCAUCUGCUCGCAUACCGCAUGACUGGGAGGAGUGGUGGGAAUGGGCAGGAAGCUACCCUGGGACGAGCGCAGAACCUGCUUGGAAGGCCGUCCUGCGAGCGUACACCUCUGCCAUCGCAAAAAAUGGCGCUUCGACUGCAUCUAUACCGGAACCUCUGCAAGAACUCAUGAGCAGAGUCAAAGAGAGCGAAGUCGACCGAACGCCAUGCAGCAUCUCUGUGCCCGUCACUCCACUCCGCGGCAUGUCACCAAAAAAGGCUCACGAAGUCAUACGUAUGACGGCCUAUGUGAAGGAGCUACUCAAAACACCCGAGCUCUCUGGUGUGAGACACGUCGUAGAUGUCGGUGCAGGACAGGAUGCCGCCGCACCGUCGAAGAAGAACCGGCGUCGGGCGCCCUCUCCAACACCGCAAAACGCCCGAGGCACUCUCACCCACAAGACGGUGCAUAUCACACCAGGUGCACUGGAUUCGACCGUGUCAAAAUGGACUACCGAGCUUGGUCCUGCGGAUGGCCCUAUUCCCGUCUUCUUUGUUGCUUUGCAUGCUUGCGGCUCCCUUACGCCCGACAUCUUUCGCAUGUUUAUCUCUCGUGCCAGACGGAUACGCGAUGCCUCGUCGUGGACACCGGCAGGCGCAUGCAUAGUCGGAUGCUGUUACAAUCUCAUGUCGUCAGCGCACGACUUUCCGCUAUCCACCGCUUACGCGGAUCUGCCCAAUCUUUCAGAAGCUCACUUGCAGCUGGCGGCGCAGAUGCCUGCCCGAUGGCUUGAUAGUCCUACUUCUCGCGCAACUGCGGAGCUCGCAAUACGCAAGAUCGUUUACCGUGCUUUACUCGACGCGCACCUUCCUCAAACCGUCAAAACCUCCCCACUCUCCAUAAGCACUACCUCAGAGAACGGCACAACCAGAGUCUACCGCCCACGUGGAGCACCUGCAUCAGGAUCUACCGCCACCACUGGUUCCGGUACAGGCGCCCUUCACCGUCGUCUGGGCAAACUUCCCGACGGCGCAUACGCCUCCUUUGCGCACUUUCUAGCAGUCGCCUCAGAGCGUCUGGGCGUGCUGAUUGAGGCGCCACCGGAGGAGGACGAGUGGUUCAAACGGGCACAGAGUCAGGUUGAGGUGUUGCACGUAUUGCGUUGCAUCAUGGGCCCGAGCAUCGAAAGUGCAAUUGUUGCAGAUAGAGUAGUCUGGCUUCGCGAGGCUCUUCGUGGGUCUUGCGUGGACGAGGUCAAGCAGUGGGAAGUCGAGCUUGUUGGUCUUUUUGAUCAAGCGGCUGGUAGCGCUCGCAACUUUGCGAUAGCCAUUCGCUAA